AUGUCAUCUACUAAAGUACAAGAAGUUUCACGCAAGAGAUUAGGCUCCCCACAUUAUGAGACGGCAAGUUUCUCAGCUACCAAAAGGUCAAGAAAGCUGUUGUCCACAAGGGAAGAGAAAGACGAAAUUGAUCCAUUGUUCAGAACUAAAAAGCACAAAUCAAACAAGUCACUAGAAACGAAUGAGGUAGCUAUAAAAACAUCGGUGGAUACUGUAUCCCAAAUUUCAUUCAAUCAACGUCAUCAAUCGAUCCUAUCAAUCAUUCAUUUCAAACAACCAUUAAAACUACAAUCAGAAUAUCCCAUACCUGAAAUAUCUCCCUAUGAAAUACUAGUCCAAAAUAAAGCCAUUGGAUUAAACCCUAUUGAUUGGAAGGGCAAAAAAUACGGGUUUGGAAUCUACCAUUUCCCAUGGAUCAACGGACGCGAAUCAAGUGGAGAUGUGGUCAAAAUUGGCGCCAAAGUUGACACCAAAGCCAAUGACUUGUCAAUUGGAGAUAAAGUUAUUGUCAGUUCAACUAGUUAUAGAGAUAAUCGUACUUCGACAUUCCAACAAUUCACCGCGAUUGAUUCACGCCUAGUUUGGAAAUUACCACUGCAUUACACAUAUGAAGAUGGGGCCACUAUUGGAGUUGGGUUAGUUACUGCUGGUAUCUUGUUUUACAACUCAUUUGAUUUUAAAUUAACUCUGAAACCUAAGCAGCAUGCUGGAACAUUGUUGAUUUGGGGUGGAUCGACAAUUGUUGGGAUUUAUGUUGCUCAAUUGGCUAAAUUGCAUGGAUUGAAGGUGAUUUCGGUAGCUGGAACUAAGCAUGCUCAGUAUUUGAAUCUGUUGGGAGUAGAUCACGUUAUUGAUAGGUUUGCUACCGAUGAUGAAAUUGUGGCCAAAGUGGAAGAAUUAGCUCCCAGCGGGGUUAAUUAUGGUAUUGAUUGUGUGUCGAAAGAAACUGCAAUCAAAGUUUUGAACAUCCUUGACACAAAUAGCACUAAAUUGGAAACCACAACAGAACACACCAAAAACGAUUCCAAAAAAGACAAAAAGUCUUUAAGAGCUUCUCCAUUAUUUGCUGGUGUUGUUGGCGUACCAAAAGAGGAUCAGAUCCCUAAACUGGUGUCGUUGAAACCAGUAAUUAUCAAACGAUUUCACGAAGAUAUUGAAUUUGGCGCUAAAUUCAUUGCCAUUACGUCUUCGUUUCUUGCAAGUUCUCAAAUAAAACCAGCUAGGUAUAAGCAUUACAAUGGUGGACUUGAAAUUAUUGAAGAUGCAUUAAAUGAUUUAGAGAAGAUUGGUGCAAAUGGAGAAAAAUAUGUCGUUAGUAUUAAAGAUUGA